AUGAAUUCAAUAAGAAUAAUUAGAUUAUUUAUCUAUUUUUAUUUAGUCCAACAAUGUGAACUAAUAUUUGUACAAACUCCUCAAAAUCCAGUUGAAUACAGUUUUGGCCCUCGAUCUGUUGCCGUUGGCGAUUUCAAUGAUGACGAGUUAGUCGAUAUUGUUGUUGCCAAUCAUCUUGUUGAUAGUAUAUCUGUAUUUCUUGGAUACAAUAAUGGUGCUUUUGCAAGUGAAAUGAGAUACUCGACUGGUUUAUAUUCUGCUCCAUACAUGGUAGCGAUCGGCGAUUUUAACAACGAUCAUCACACGGAUAUUGCUGUCGCAUAUUUCGGUACUAACAGCAUCGGUGUAUUUCUUGGACUGGGAAACGGUUCUUUUACUAAUACAACAGUAAUCUCAACUGGUUCAUCUCGUCCAGUCUGGAUACAUGUAACUGAUCUGGAUAAUGACACCUCACUCGAUAUCGUUACAGCUAAUUAUGGAACUGAUAGUAUUAGCAUAUUUUAUGGAUCUGGAGAUGGACGUUUUGCAUAUCCAAUGACAAUUUCAACCGGCUAUGAUUCUUCGCCAUUCUCGGUCAUCAGUGCAGACUUUAACAAUGAUAAUCAUUUAGAUCUUGCUAUUGCAAAUUACGGUACAAAUAAAUUAGUUAUAUUUAUUGGAAAUGGCAACAGAACCUUUUUACAUCAACAAAUAUUUUCCACUGGAAUUAAUUCACAUCCAUAUUCACUCAUCGUUGGUCAUUUUAAUGAUGACAAUUUAUUGGAUAUCGCUGUCGCUAAUUAUGGAACUAACAAUGUAGGUGUACUUCUAGGUAACAUCAACGGUAUUUUUACAAGUCAAACAACAUACUCACUUAAUACUUCUUCACCAUAUUCUAUUGAUCUUGGCGAUUUUAAUAAAGAUAAUCGACUUGAUUUAGUUGUCAGUAAUAAAGGUACAAAUAACAUAGCAAUGUUACUGGGACUUGGUAAUGGCAGUUUUUCUGAACCAGUAAUGAAUUCAACCGGUUCUUCUUCUUCAAUCUCGCUUGCUGUAGUUGAUUUCAAUCAAGAUAAUCUACUUGACGUUAUUAUCAUCAGCAAUGAUACUGGCAGUAUAGGUAUUCUCUUUGGUUAUGAUGAAGGCUUCGAACCACAAAUUACGUAUUCAACUGGUAUUGGUCCAUAUUCUGUAGCUGUUGGUGAUUUCAACAAUGACGCUCGACUGGAUAUCGUCGUUGCCAAUCUGUAUGACAACACUGCAAGUGUACUUCUCGGAUAUGGCAAUGGUUCUUUUGCAAAUCAAACUACAUAUCCAACUGGCACUUAUCCAUCUUCUGUAGCUGUUGGUGAUUUCGACAAUGAUGCUCGAUUGGAUAUCGUUGUUGCCAAUAGCUUUGACAGCACUGUCAGUGUAUUUCUUGGAUAUGGCAAUGGUUCUUUUGCAAAUCAAACUAUCUGUUUAACUGGCUAUUAUCCACAAUCUGUCGCUGUUGGUGAUUUCAACAAUGAUACUCGACUGGAUAUUGUCGUUACUAAUUUCUAUAGCAAUACUACAAGUGUACUUCUCGGAUAUGGCAAUGGUUAUUUUGAAAAUCAAACUACAUAUUCAACUGGCUCUCAGCCAGUUUCUGUAGAUGUUGGUGAUUUUAACAAUGACACUCGACUGGAUAUCGUUGUUGCCAAUCAGGGUGACAACACCGUAAGUGUACUUCUCGGAUAUGGCAAUGGUUCUUUUGCAAAUCAAACUACAUAUUCAACUGGCUCUCAGCCAGUUUCUGUAGCUGUUGGUGAUUUCAACAAUGACACUCGAUUGGAUAUCGUCGUUGCCAAUGAGGGUGACAACACUGUCAGUGUACUUCUCGGAUAUGGCAAUGGUUUUUUUACAAAUCAAGCAACGUUUGCAACUGGCUAUGGGCCACAUUCUGUAGCUGUUGGUGAUUUUAACAACGACACUCUACUAGAUAUCGCUGUUGUUAAUGAGUAUGGAGGCCUUGUAAGUGUACGUCUCGGAUAUGGCAAUGGUUACUUUGCAAAUAAUAUUAAAUAUGACAUUGGCAUUUACCCAUCUUCUCUAGCAGUUGGUGAUUUCAAUAAGGACACUCGGUUAGAUAUUGUUGGUGCUAGUCGAAACCUCAAUACUAUAGGUGUCUUGCUGCAUUAUAGCAAAGGAUCUUUAGGCAACGAAAUAACAAUUGCGUCUGGUGGUGGUUCUCGUCUACAAUAUGUUGCUGUCAAAGAUUUUAACAAUGAUACGAUGUUAGAUCUUGUCGUCGUUAAUUAUGGCACUAAUGAUAUAGGUGUACUUCUUGGAAAUGGUAGUGGAUCAUUUUUAGAGCAAAAAACGUUUCCAACAGGCUCAAAUCCAUAUUCGCUUGCCAUAGGUGAUUUCAAUAAUGAUGGUCAACAUGAUUUUGCUGUAGCUAAUUAUGGUAGUAAAAACAUUGAUAUGUUUGUAGGAAACGGAAGGGGAAAAUUUACACAUCAAGUAACUGAUGGAUCUAACUUGGCUUUCGCUCCUGUAGUUGUUACUACUGGUGAUUUCGACAAUGACGGCCAAUCACAAAUUAUUGUUGCAUAUGACAAUACUGAUAAUAUAGAUAUAUUUGUUGCAUUUGAUACUGGCGCUUUUAGAAAUCAACUUACAUAUCCAACUGGUAAUAAUCCACAGUCUGUAGCUGUUGGCGAUUUCAACAAUGACACUCGACUGGAUAUUGUCGUUGCCAAUUGGCAUGCCGACACUGUAAGUGUACUUCUCGGAUAUGGCAAUGGUUCUUUUGCAAAUCAGACUACUUAUUCAACUGGUAUUGGUCCAUAUUCUGUAGCUGUUGGUGAUUUCAACAAUGACGCUCGACUGGAUAUCGUCGUUGCCAAUCGGUAUGACAACACUAUAAGUGUACUUCUCGGAUAUGGCAAUGGUUCUUUUGCAAAUCGAUCUACGUAUUCAACUGGCAAUAAACCAGAGUUUGUAGCUGUUGGUGAUUUCGACAAUGAUGCUCGAUUGGAUAUCGUUGUUGCCAAUAGCUUUGACAGCACUGUCAGUGUACUUCUCGGAUAUGGCAAUGGUUCUUUUGCAAAUCAAACUACAUAUUUAACUGGCUCUGGACCAGUUUCUGUAGCUGUUGGCGAUUUCAACAAUGAUACUCGACUGGAUAUUGUCGUUGCCAAUUGGCGUGCCGACACUUUAAGUGUACUUCUCGGAUAUGGUGAUGAUUUUUUUGAAAAUCAAACUACAUAUCCAACUGGCUCUCAGCCAGCUUCUGUAGCUGUUGGUAAUUUCGACAAUGAUGCUCGAUUGGAUAUCGUCGUUGCCAAUCAGAAUGACAACACUGUCAGUGUAUUUCUUGGAUAUGGCAAUGGUUCUUUUGCAAAUCAAACUACCUAUUCAACUGGCACUAAUCCAGUUUCUGUAGCUGUUGGUGAUUUCAACAAUGACACUCGAUUGGAUAUUAUCGUUGUCAAUUGGGGUGCUGACACUGUAAGUAUACUUCUCGGAUAUAACAAUGGUUCUUUUGAAAAUCACAAUACGUAUUCAAAUGGCUUCCAGUCAUUUUCCGUAGCUGUUGGUGAUUUCAACAAUGACACUCGGCUGGAUAUCGUCUCUGCUAGUAGUGGUGGCAACAGUGUAAGUAUUUUUCUUGGUUACUUAAAUAUGGGCUUUCAAUACCAAACGACACUGAUAACUGGUAACAAGUCUGUUCCGCGAUCAUCUGUCGUUGGCGAUUUUAACAAUGACACUUACAUGGAUAUUGCUGUCGCGAAUUCUGGCACCAAUAAUAUUGGUAUUUUUCUUGGAUUUGGCAAUAUUUCUUUUUUAAAUCAAACAACAUUUGCAACUGGCUCUGGUCCAUGGUCUUUAGCUGUUGCUGAUUUAAACAAUGAUAAUCGAUUAGAUAUUAUUGUUACUAAUAUUAAUGAUAGUAAUAUUAGUGUCUUUCUCGGGUACGGCAAUGGAUCUUUUGCAAAUCAAACAAUAUAUUCAACUGGAAUUAAUGCUGAACCUUACUCAGUUGCUAUUGGUGAUUUUAAUAAUGACGCCUUAUUAGAUAUCAUUGUCGCUAAUUAUCGUGCUAGUAACGUAGUUAUAUUGUUUGGAUCUGGUGGUGGUAGAUUUACAGAUUCAAAAGUAUAUUUAGUUAGUUAUGGAUCUGCUCCAUUUUCUGUUGUUGUUGGUGAUUUCAACAAUGAUACAAAACUAGAUUUUGCGGUCGCUAACUAUGGUGAUGACAAUUUAAAGAUUUUAUUACAAACUUGUUAA